AUGGCCGCUCCUAUUGCAGGUGGAUUCGACGUUCACUUUGUUGAACCUCUCUGUGACCGACUGACAUGCCCCAUUUGUCAGUUGGCAGCACGAGAACCAAGGAUUACCGAUUGUGGUCACCAGUUUUGUCUCGAGUGCUUGAGACCACUGAUCGUAGACAGCAACCUAUCAUGCCCUGUUUGCAGGACGGAACUGAAAGAAUCGGAGAUCUAUCCAAACAACAUGGUGAAACGCGAGAUUCUGAGUCUGAAGAUUGUAUGCGGUAGAUUCAAGGAAGGCUGUGCAUGGAUUGGUGAACUGAGACAGCGAGAUGAACACAAUCAGGAAUGUGGGUACGUGGUUCAACCGUGUGACAAUAAUUGUAGAGAGAAUGUAAUGAGGAAGGACAUGGACAGUCACAAGAAGAAUGAGUGCAACCGUCGAGCGGUGGGCUGUUGCUAUUGUAAUGGAGAACUAGAAUAUGAGCAGAUGUCUGGUCAUUAUAAAACAUGUGCCAAGUAUCCUGUUGCUUGUCCUCAUCAGUGUGGAGUGCAGAUUGCUAGGGAAUGCAUGGAAAUGCACACCAGUAGAGAAGGUGAAUGUCCAAACAGUCCCAUUCAGUGCGAUUUUGCAUCUGUUGGAUGCCAAUUCAUUGGGAAGAAAACGAAAUUACAAAACCACUUAGAAAGAGAUACCAAAACUCAUCUCAGUUUAGCUAUGAAAUCACUCCACACAAUGACAGAACGAUUGGCAAAGUCAGAGAAGAAGCAGCAAGAGACAGAAAAGAAACUUACCAGAAUGAAAGACUCUCAGCUUCAGUAUCAGCACAAUGUCACAGAACAAUUGGCAAAGUCAGAGAAGGAACUUGCAAAAAUAAAAGAAUUUUUGCCUGAUCAAUUUAGGAAUUAUUUCACAGGACAGUUGACAAAGUUAGAGAAACAGCAACAGGAGAAAGAAUUGGAACUUACAAGAAUGGUAGAAGCUUUGUCGUUUCUUGGUCACCUACCCUUGCAUUGUAUUACAUGCUGGACAAAAAAUGGAUUCGAAAGGUCACUUCAAUCGUCAAAGUUUGUAAGAACUUUGUUGAAAGAAAGAAAUGAGUUGUCAUUCGAGUUAUCAGAGACAAUAGUCUAUAUCUGGAAGAUAAAGUAUUCAAAGUGCCUGAAAAUUCCUAACCGUGCCGCCUGUUAUCCUGUUGCUAUUUACUCUACCCAAUUUUACGCGGGAGUUUCAGAAUUGCAACUACAAAUUCUAAUCUAUCUUAACAAGUCAACGUUUACUUCAGCAAUAGAGUGCACUCGUUAUUGUAACUUUAACUUGAAGAAAACGACUUUUAGUCUAGUCACUACUCUUUUGCAUCAGGAAUCUGAUGGAGAUCAGAAUAGAAAACAGCAAUUUCUUAUGACACUGCCGUCGCGCUCAUUGGUGACCUGUAUGUUUCAAGGUGAUCAAAAAGAAGACAUACCACUUAAACAGUUUGUAUCAAAUGAUGAGCUCGUAGUCACCCUUCAAUUCAAACGGUUGCCAUAAGGCCACUAAGCAAUAUCAUUUAUACGCUUGAACGUCAUCUUUUUUAUGUUUAGCAUUUUUAAAAUAGGUAAAUAUAGUUCAGCAUUCUGUAAUGCUAGACUAGUAAAUAGUAUUCUAGCUUAUGCUUUUUAGCAUUCUGGUACUAAAACCAUUUAGAUGAUUUUAGUUAUUUGCCUAUAUAGUUACAUUGAACUUGUUAGAGUGCAUUGCAAGUCUAGUUGCGCAUUUGCAGCAUUUACAGUGGCUUGAUUAAGCCAAAACAAACAAUU